GGCCCAGCAGCCAUCACAGAUCCACUACUAACAGAAGAAGAUAGGAGUUCUGAGAAGUGGCAACACGGCCCAGGAAAUUAAAGGACAAAUCUAGAGCUGCCCAUCCAUUAUACAUGAACCCAGGACCCCAUCACCUGCAGCAAGCUCGACCCUGCCACAUCAAUUAUCAAUUAAGAAAAUGUACCACGGGCUUAUUCUAAGUGCCCACUUGGAAUUUGCAAUCAGUGAUAGCAGCAAUGACUUCAAAAUGGAGAACUAGUGCAUCUUGGUAUUCUCACCCGGUGUAUGCAAGAUAUUGGCGACAUUAUCAUCAUGCAAUGAUUUGGAUGCGAACCCACCAGAAUGUCUACAGGAAGUCCAGGGAUUCCUGUUCCACUUCCCCAUGGUUCUACCCUCAAGGAGUUCUUCCCUGGAACUCUGUUGCUUAUGAGGCUGGGCAACCUUGGAACUAUCAAGGCCAACACAUGCUCUGGCAGGAGCCUCCCUACAGUGUUUCCCAUCUCCAAAGCUCUGAACAACCUCUAUAUGAUAGCAGUAGAAUCCAGGCAACCACAAGAGAAGAUGAAGCCCCAUAUGAAGAGGAAGAACUGGAGUCGGAUUCAGAUAAUGAAAUAGAAUGCGACCUGAGCAAUAUGGAAAUCACCGAAGAGCUCCGCCAGUACUUUGCAGAGACUGAGAGGCACAGAGAAGAGCGGCGGCGACAGCAGCAACUAGAAGCGGAGCGCCUGGACGACUAUAUAAAUGCCGACCAUGGGCUGUACUACAACCACCACCGGUCCACAGAGCCUCCCUCGGAGAAGCCUGGGGAGCGGCGUCAAGCUGAGAUGAAGCGCUUGUAUGGGGACAGUGCUCCCAAGAUCCUGGCCAUGGAGGCUGCUGUGCAGAUGAGCUUUGACAAGUACUGUGACAAAAAGCAGCCGAAAUACUGGCCUGUCAUUCCCCUGAAGUUCUGAGUCGUGGGCACAGGGACCUUGGGGAAUGCCUCCUGAACACAGUUCCUCGCCUUUCCCUCCUCUGGAUGUGUUCUCAUCAUUUCUCCUGGACAUUUUUCAGAGAAAGAGGCUAUAUACCAACACAGUGGAUACGAUCUGUCAGCCACUUAGAAUUCUGUCAGCAGGAGGCACACUGUUGCCAACACAAGAAAUGUCCCCUUUACAUAAAGUGAUAAUCAUAUAUAUUAUACUGGCUCUUGAUUAACUCCCUAAUAGAGUCCAGUUUAUGGACAUUUUUGCCUAGAGAUACAAUGGUUUUCAUUUGUAAUUUUCUUCUUUAAGCCUUCCUGGAUGUCACAAAAGCCUUAAGCCACAUGUCAUUUUUUUUUUUUUGAGACCAGUUCUCAUAUAACCCAAGUUAGCCUCAAACUCUUAAAUCCUCCUUCCACUUCCCAAAUGCUAGCUUACAGAUGUGCACCCCAUCAUUCUGGGCUCUAAUCCACAUGUUUUCACUGACUGUAGCCCUUUGGAUCCCUCUGAAAAUGAUACAAGAGUACAGUAAGAAAAAUGCCACUUGUUACUCAGCAAGGUGUCAGCCUACGUACUCUCUAAAAGGCCUGAGAGCAAUGCUCUGGGCUUGGCAGGCCAUGUGCUCUCUCUCCUAACUGCCUAACCCUGACUUUACAGCGUCAAAACAGCCAUGGAUACUGAAUAAACAAAUGGACAUGACUGUGUUCCAAUAAAACUUUAUUUGUAAAAUACAGGCCAUGGACUGGAUUUGAUCUACAACUGCUGCUAUAACAGAGUGAAAAUCACCCAUCUGACAUUCUUAUUUUGUUUUCUGUCCAGACCUUGGAUGUCAAACAGAAUUGAUAGCAAGGAACAGUAAUUCCCCAAUCUGUUCACUUUUGCAGCCUCUUUUGUUGUCAGAAUGCACAGUUGAGCUCUUACUGCAUAUGGUAAAUACCAAUUUGAUAAGCACCUACAUCUGUGAGAAGGAAAACUAAACAUUGACUGUGCAGUCCAUUUAUAGAAGCCAGCUACUUUUUAAAUAAGUUAUUAACAGUGCAUUGCUGGGGUGAGCCUGUGUUGACCUGAGAAGAUUAGCACAUCCAUCAAAGGAUCUUUAUAAUUGCGAAAGCAUGUGGGUUGGAGUGAACAAAGGAACAUCAGAAGCAGAAGUCUAAGACAUGACUAGAAAGAGCAAAGGACAGCCGCCUGCAGUCUCCAGAAAUUAGACGUCAAGAAAAUGGAUUCUCCCCCAAGAGCUUAUCGAAGAAAUGAAACUUUUCAUAGGCCUUGAUGUUAGCUUUGUGAGACUCCGUGCAGACUUCUGCCCUCAGGAAGCGUAAGAGGAUCUAUCUGUGACUUAAGUCAUUGCAUUUGUGGCAGUCUACCAGAAGGGGCAAACAGGAAAUUGAUAUAGGAAGUGGGUGAUUGAUUGGUGAUGCUAUGUGCUGAGCAAUUCAUAUACACUACAUGAUUCGAUCCUAGCACACCUCUGAAAGUCAAUUCUUUAUUGCCCAGAUAGAGAAAUGAACUCAGAGGAAGUGGCCCUAAGCCGGCAAAUGAGGCCACAUCAGCAGUGAAGAUUGAUCUGGGUUUUGAGUCUCUGAGCUCUUGCCCCUAGGUUACACUUUCCAUCUGCAGAUGGACGAAAAGAUUUGAGGGAGCCCGAGCUUUCUCGCAUGGGUGACUGAGUCUCUUGUCUCCACUGCCUGGGGUUGCAGAGUGGUUCGGAUAGGCAUUUGGUGAAAAACUGAAAGAGAAGUCUGAGGUCAAGGCAGAAACUCAUCCACUGUGGGUCUAUUUAUGGGGGUGGAUUUCAUGAAGUAGAAUAAACCAUUUAGGAUGACUACAAAGAUGGAGAGGAAAGAGGGCCAACUGGGUAACAUAAGACCCAGUACUGGGAAGAUAAGUGUCUGGAACAAAAACUUCAAAACUGUUAUGUCAAUAAAAAGAAGCAAGAUAGAACACACACACACACACACACACACACACACACACGCUGAAUGAUUCCAUUGAUAUGAAAUGUUGAAAGUAGGCAAAUCCACUGAGAUAGAAAAUGAGUUAGUGUUUGCCAGGAACUGGAAAUUGGGUAAUAAAUACUCUUGCUGGCAGAGUCCUGAAGCAGUGAUGGGCCCACAUGGUGAAGCACAGUGAAUGUACAUGAGACCUAGCUAAGCUGGGUUUAGAGUAGACUUGCAUGAUCUAAUCCAUUCAGACUCCUAACCACCUCUUUAAGGUUCCAAUGUCUCUUAAUAUCUCAUAUGAAGGAUUAGUUUCCGACUGAAUUGCAGAGGAGACAAGUCACAUUUGAACUGGAGCAGGUUUUCUGUGUUAUUCUUUGGACUUUGUGAGCAGCUGCUAAGCCUUCAGAAAGGCCCGAACUGAACUAACCCAUUUCCCACAAUGAUCUGCCUGAAAGCAAUAACAACACUGAGAAUCAAUGGGACCUACAGUGAAAGCGGCAGUGUAACAGGACAGAAGAUAGAUGUGAGAGAUGGGGAAGAAAUGCCAACUCCAUCUUUCUAGGUGUUUCAGCCACUCAACCCAUCAGAAAUCUUGCUGCCUACAUCUUCGAUCACACCCCUGCCUCUCUACCUGCCUUAGUUAUUGUUCUAUUACUCUGAGGAAUCACCAUGAUCAAGAAUUUUAUUAAAGGAAGCAUUUCACUGGGG